AUGCAAACAGGCGAGAUGGUUCGCCCAGAGCUUCGUUACAUUCGAGUUUCGAUGUCUGAACCCCUCGAGACUGCCGAAGAUUUACUCAGCAUCAUCCCAUCUGAAACGGUGGUCUCAAAUAAAGAAUUACCUCGAAUGUUAAUUUACUCAGGAACUAUAGAUCGCACGUUGGGAGUGAUGAGAGCGGUUUGUAACGCUAGAGGUAAUCCUGAUGACAUCAACAAUGGGAUCAGUGAUUGCAUUCGACGUUAUCAUUCUUUAACUGGUGAAGAAGAUAAAAAGGAACGAGCAAGAGAGUUUGGCGUAGAAGAAAAGUUUCCGAUUCUCUCAUGUACCCCUGCUUUCGAAUUCGGUCAAUCCUUCAAACCCGUGAAGAUUGUGGUUAUAAUGGGUGCCAUGGAUCCUUCGAUAUCUAACUUGAUAGGUGGGCGAGCUGGACGGAAUGUUGAUUGUGGCCUAGUUAUUCACUUUGUUCAACCCAACAUGCCAAACAGUCCCAACACCGCCAGUGAAGUUGUGGUGACGGACACAAUGAAUAAUGAAGAACGCAUGCAUGCAUUUCGUCUCACGCCAUGUUGCCUCAGGGCGGCUUACAAUAUGGAUAUGGAUAUUUUAUAUCGAUAUAUUCCAAUGUCAUUAACUGACCCCGGUUAUCUAGCAGAGAUGGAACGUCAACGUACUGCAGGAAUGGCUGUGUGCCGAUGCUCAAACUGUGAUCCUCAAGGAGCAGCUCGAGUGCUUCGCCUCUUACCACAGACGAAAGCAGCUGAUCUGGAUGCACUAAUAAAAUCAUAG